AUGUAUAGAGGACGGGACUCCUUCAUCCUCCCUCCCACCCACCCAACCGCCCCUAAAAGACCAAUCAGGGGAAGUGCAGCCCCUCGGCCAUGGCUCUCCAUUGUGGAAACCAAAGACAAGGAAGUGGUCCUGAAGUGUGAGGCUGAAGGGUUAGUCUAUAAGCCUGAGUUGGUGUUGCUGAACAGUAAGGGAACCAUCCUCCCUGCUGAUGAAGCUACAGAGAGACCCAUGGACUCAGAGGGCUUGUACACAGUGACACGCUAUUUCACUGUCCAGAAGACUGCCACCAACGUGUUCACCUGUCGAGUUCAACAGCUGGAGAUCAAACACAUGAGGGAGACACAGAUUCGUGUUCCAGACAAAAUGUUUCAGGAGGAAUACCCCUUGGAACGGAAAGUUGGAAUUGGAUUUCUAGGAGCUGUUGUAGGCAGUGUUGUAGGAGCUGUUGUAGUUUUUCUGUUCAUGCGGAGAAACGCGGAAGAAACCAAUGGCGGGUGUGCAGAUAAUGGGAUUGCCCUCCUCGAGAACAGCAAUUUCCACGAGAUCCGUAUUCUGCUGGACCAACUCUCUGAGCUCUUGUCAUUGGGUCCGGCUGAGGUCUUCCCCCAUGGCAACUUCGACAGAGGGCGGGGUCUGCUGUCGCCGGGUCCACGUUAUGCACAGCGCCUCUUGUCCAUGCCACCUCUUCAGUAA